CAGAUGCUGACGUAGAUGUAACAUAUUCUUGUCGUGGUUCAUCACAUCACCAAUGUUCCCGAGCUGGAUCCGGCUUUUUCUCCGCCGGGGUUACGGUGGUGAUGUAUAAAGGAAGGGACAGGUCCGGAAACGAGAACGUUUGCCAGUUUUCUGUCACAGUCGUAGGUCAAUGUGCCUCGGAAACUGUUGAUGGUCUCACGUGGCCUGUGACGUCAGCAGGGUCAAUGGUGGAGUCUAUUCAAAGAUGCCUCCUGAUGACAACGAAUGCUGGGGAACCUCUUGCUGUCAGGAACUGUUCAGUCGUACAACCUCCUGUGUAUUUCCAGUGGGAGGAACCUGAACACCGAAGCUGCGGCAAAGAAAGGACUGAUGUCACCAUUGAGGAUGUUGUAAAGGUUGAAGUUAGUACAGGAAACGCAGUUGAAGUGGCCGGGUUCCUGGCCAAUGAGACUUCAGAGUCUACAUCAGGGGAUGCGCAAGAUGUAGAGGUGGUUUCGGGCAUUUUGAUGAAUAUCAUCCAGGCACAAUCGGGCGAUUCAGAGGUGACAGAGCUGGUACUUGAAGCUGUCAACAAUGUCAUCAGGGCAGGGGUAGAAGCCGAUACUCCAGAUUCUCGUAGAUCCUCAUCGGAAAUCGUUCGGUCCGUUGAGAAACAGGUUGCCUUGACUCUCCAGGAGGAAGGUCGGGUCAGCAUACGACAGGAGACCGUCCACGUCGAAGCAGUAAGUCUUGAUCCAGAGGAGAAUCGCGACGGGUUCAGCUUUGCGUCUGUACGAAAGCCUGGACCAGGGACAACGGAGAAAGGGUCGCUCGUUGGCACUGCCGUGCAGACGUUUGGUGAUGAUAUCCCCGCUGAUAUUGAUGUGGUGGCAUCCGUGCAACUUCCCAGAGGCAUUUUGGACUCGUUGCCAACAAUCGAGGCCAACAACUCGACUUUGCUUCAAGUGAGUUUCUUAAUCUACGCUGAUGACACACUGUUCCACUCGUCUUCCAUCAGAAGGCAUCAGGAGGAGACAAACUCUACUCGCAAAGUCGCAGGGCCUGUCGUCUCGUUGACGGUAGAAAAUGUUAAACUUGUCAACCUUACAGAACCACUUGUUGUCACGUUUAAGGCACCUGACGAAGAAUUUGUUGCAGGCGUGACCACUACCCAGUGCGUCUUCUGGGAUUUCGAUCUUGAGGAUGGAAUCGGUGAUUGGUCCACGGUUGGGUGUACACGUUCGGGGUUGUCCAGCGAAGUAGUGUCUUGUGAAUGCAACCACGCCACAAACUUUGCAAUCCUUAUGGAUGUCAAAGGUCAGCAGAUUAUGAACAGAGCUCUUGAUAUCAUCAGCCAGGUCGGCUGUGCCUUGUCGAUUGCAGCUCUGGUCACCACGUUAAUAAUAUAUCUCUCCAUCAGAAAACUACGAACUGGCAAAUCUCGACAGAUCUUCAUUCACUUCUGUUUCUCCUUACUGAUGUUGUACAUUGUGUUCCUUGCCGGCGUCGACAAUGCAAAGGGUGGUGCUUGUGUGUUCGUUUCUGCUUUACUCCACUACUUAACUCUGUCUACAAUGAUGUGGAUGGCUGUUGAAGCCAGGAACGUGUACGUGCACACAGUGAGGGUGUUUCCCGAAGAUACACCUCGCUACAUGAUCAAGGCCUGCCUGAUUGCAUGGGGAUUUCCGUUGCUAGUUCUCACGGUUACUUUGGCUACAGCGGUUCAUCACUACGACAAUGAACUCUACUGCUUCCUGAAACCUGAUCUUGUCCUGUACAUUGCUCUCCUGGCUCCCAUCGCUCUCAUCCUCGCCCACAACUUCAUCACCUUCAUCUUGGUCAUGCGCAGUCUCCUGAAGGUCAGAGAAGUUUCUCGCUCCCAACAGAUCUCUAAACGCCUGCAGAAUGCCGUGGGUAUCUCAGUCCUCGUGGGCUUGACUUGGGCGUUCGGGUUCCUGGCGAUUAAUAAGGCAACAUUCGUCUUCCAACUCAUCUUCUGCCUUGCCAACUCCUUGCAAGGCGUGGUCGUGUGCAUCAUGUUUUGCAUUCGACGCGAUGAGGUUCGUACCACCGUAGCACCGUACAUCAGGCGUCUUUGUUGCUGUAAUGCACCGGUUCGUCCUGGUCGGGAGCAGCGUUACCAUCUACCGGGGGUAUCUCAGUCCGCUGCUUCACCGUCAGUGUCCAAGGUGUAGGACAGACACUGUCAAAACAACCACUUGGCGUGCAUGCAUCAUGGGU